CUAUGCUCAUACACGCCCCUUCUUCCAUCGGGCCAUGUGGUUAUGGUUGGUAAAUAACUCCGGAUCUAACGUGAUAUAGAUAUUGAUUUUGUUUUUGCGCAAUCGCUGAACCCCCUUCACUGAGAAUGUCCGCGGACGUGUCGAGCCUGCACGCGCAGGUGGAGUCGGUGCUGGGCGCGUUGGUCAAAGCGGCCACCGUGGAGUUAACCAGACUGUUCGAGAGCAGAUACAGAACUGCUGCCGUGGACGCGGCCCACGCCGAGAUCAAGCUUGAACACGGAGCGGAGGAGACACUGAACGUUUCACCCGCGGAGAGUAAACGCAGCGUCGGAGUGCAAGUGGACGCAAGUAUCUGUUCACUGCUGGACAUUAGCGGUCCCUUGUUUCUUGAUGGUUGUGUGGAGGAGGAGGAGCAGAAAGAAGAAUGUCCCAUCCCAGCAGAACUCCUCCUGGCUGAGGAUAAUGGCCAUGCUGACCCCUGGAGGUCCCUCCUAAAGGAAGAGGUGUCAGCAGAGCCGGUGGACUUGUUGGCGCUGGACAUCCUUGAAAUGGAGACUCGAGCUGACGGCGAUGCCCAAAUACAAGUUAUUCUCCAGGAUACGUCCACACUGAGCUCUCCAACAAAACACACGCCUCUCAUCAUUGUGGCCGACAGUAGUGACGCUGUGCCUGGGGAGAUAGUGAAGUUUGUUUGCCCGUUGAUCCUGAAGCCGGAGUCGCCAGCUCCUAAAUCCGAUAGUUUAAAGAAGCCCGUCGAAGCCGAGCCCCAGCAGGCCUGUGUCAGCACCGCUAAAGGCACUGCCUACAGCCCGUCACCGUCUGAUGGAGCCAUGACUCGGAUCCAUGCGCAAAAGGAGAUGAACAGUCUCCACAUGAAGUUGAAAUUGACUUCUCAGGAUCAGAAACUGCUGAGUCAGUGUGCAGUAGAACUGGUGAAUGUGCUCAGCAUGCCUGCUUCAGAGAUGAGGCCUCAGAGUGACAGUGUUAAACACAAAACCAGUUACCGGCUGCCCAAAGACCUCCGCCACCACCACCAAGGCCUUCACACCGGACACCGCAUCUGCUGCUUCACCCCGUGCGAGAAUGACGUCUGGCGUCUACGAAAGGUCGUCGCCCACUCCCGCGACGGGUACGUCUGCAGCGUCUGUAAGAAAACUUUCAAGCACAGAAAGAUUCUGCGGCGGCACGAGCGAUUCCACACCGGAGAGAAACCGUACCAGUGCCCUCAGUGCCCAAAGACGUUUGCACUGAGGAAGAGCCACCGCCGACACGCGAGAUUCCACUCGGGGGAGAGGCCGCACAUCUGUACAAUGUGUGACAAGAGCUUCCGUCUGCGGGAAAAUCUGAAAGCACACUUGAGGUUCCACAGCGGAGAAAAGCCUUUCAGCUGCGCCAAGUGUGGGAAGCUGUUUAGAAUCAAGAGGAAUCUGGAGAAGCACAAUUUGAGCCAGUGUGGAUUCUUUGUUCCUUCAUUUAAGAUGAUUGCUGGAAUGUAGCUGGUGGGGGGAACACCCAGCUUCACACUUUUCUACCUCAGACUGAUAACACUAAAAGACAAAUGUCACGGAAAGUUGAAGAACCAUUCCAGGAAAGAAGAUCAUAAAAGCUGCAGCUAAAUGGGGCCAGUUUUGUUAUACAGUUUAUACUACUGCUGUUUUUUUUACUUAUUCUUCCUGUGUGCCAGUCCCACUAUUUGAUUACAAUAACCAGACCUGAACAUGUAAUAAAAAAAGAUAAGAAACAUGCUUUUGGAUUUAAUGUUCUCAAUGUUCUCAAUGUUCCUUGCUCCUCUGUUUUAUGUUGUACAUUGAAGCGCUUGCUUCUUGCAAAAAGCCAAACACAAACUGCAACUGCCAGAUCUUUCGGUGUCAAAGUUACAUAUUGUGUUUAUGUCUGAUUGUUUAUGUUUUGAUGUUGGAACAUUCCAUGUUUGUACUACUGUUGAUUCUAUUAUGUUCCUUCAUAUAGAUACCACACACUGACAUGUUCCUGUUGCUGAAGAACAUUUUUCUAUAAUAAAACACAUUUCUAUUGCAAAGAAA